AUGGAGUCCGUUCCUCUGGAAACAGCUGGCAUAGUGGCUGGCGGCCCUCCGUCAGAUCCUAGCGGAAAGGCUGAAACAGUGGUUCCGCUUCUCCCGGUCAGCAGCGCUCCGAGUAACACUGCGGAUCCGAGCACUCCGACGUCUGCCGUCGUUACAAUGGCGACUUCCGAAGCCCCGCCAGUGUAUAACACUCUCAAUGAACCCGUUAUUGUCACCUUGAAACGAGACGUGUGGCGUGUGGUUCACAAUCUCCGGAACGUGGUGUUGCCGAUCGGACGAGGCGAAGGGGCCCACAGCUCCAUCCUGAGCCAGCAGCAGGCGGGGAAAGGGGUCAAAGCAGCCGGGCCGCUUCCUGCCCAUCCUCAUGCGGCUCAAGCUUCCCAUUCUCAAGCUUCCCAUUCUCAAGCUUCCCAUUCUCAAGCUUCCCAUUCUCAAGCUUCCCAUUCUCAAGCUUCCCAUUCUCAAGCUUCCCAUUCUCAAGCUUCCCAUUCUCAAGCUUCCCCUUCUCAAGCUUCCCAUUCUCAAGCUUCCCAUUCUCAAGCUUCCCAUUCUCAAGCUUCCCAUUCUCAAGCUUCCCAUUCUCAAGCUUCCCCUUCUCAAGCUUCCCAUUCUCAAGCUUCCCAUUCUCAAGCUUCCCAUUCUCAAGCUUCCCCUUCUCAAGCUUCCCAUUCUCAAGCUUCCCCUUCUCAAGCUUCCCAUUCUCAAGUUUCCCCUUCUCAAGCUUCCCAUUCUCAAGCUUCCCCUUCUCAAGCUUCCCCUUCCCAAGCUUCCCAUUCUCAAGCUUCCCCUUCUCAAGCUUCCCAUUCUCAAGCUUCCCAUUCUCAAGCUUCCCAUUCUCAAGCUUCCCCUUCUCAAGCUUCCCAUUCUCAAGCUUCCCCUUCUCAAGCUUCCCAUUCUCAAGCUUCCCCUUCUCAAGCUUCCCAUUCUCAAGCUUCCCCUUCUCAAGCUUCCCCUUCUCAAGCUUCCCAUUCUCAAGCUUCCCCUCCUCAAGCUUCCCCUUCUCAAGCUUCCCCUUCUCAAGCUUCCCAUUCUCAAGCUUCCCAUUCUCAAGCUUCCCCUUCUCAAGCUUCCCCUUCUCAAGCUUCCCAUUCUCAAGCUUCCCCUUCUCAAGCUUCUCCUUCUCAAGCUUCCCCUUCUCAAGCUUCCCAUUCUCAAGCUUCCCAUUCUCAAGCUUCCCCUUCUCAAGCUUCCCCUUCUCAAGCUUCCCAUUCUCAAGCUUCCCCUUCUCAAGCUUCCCCUUCUCAAGCUUCCCCUUCUCAAGCUUCCCCUUCUCAAGCUUCCCCUUCUCAAGCUUCCCCUUCUCAAGCUUCCCAUUCUCAAGCUUCCCAUUCUCAAGCUUCCCCUUCUCAAGCUUCCCCUUCUCAAGCUUCCCAUUCUCAAGCUUCCCCUUCUCAAGCUUCCCCUUCUCAAGCUUCCCCUUCUCAAGCUUCCCCUUCUCAAGCUUCCCCUUCUCAAGCUUCCCCUUCUCAAGCUUCCCCUUCUCAAGCUUCCCCUUCUCAAGCUUCCCCUUCUCAAGCUUCCCCUUCUCAAGCUUCCCCUUCUCAAGCUUCCCCUUCUCAAGCUUCCCCUUCUCAAGCUUCCCCUUCUCAAGCUUCCCCUUCUCAAGCUUCCCCUUCUCAAGCUUCCCCUUCUCAAGCUUCCCCUUCUCAAGCUUCCCCUUCUCAAGCUUCCCCUUCUCAAGCUUCCCCUUCUCAAGCUUCCCCUUCUCAAGCUUCCCCUUCUCAAGCUUCCCCUUCUCAAGCUUCCCCUUCUCAAGCUUCCCCUUCUCAAGCUUCCCCUUCUCAAGCUUCCCCUUCUCAAGCUUCCCCUUCUCAAGCUUCCCCUUCUCAAGCUUCCCCUUCUCAAGCUUCCCAUUCUCAAGCUUCCCCUUCUCAAGCUUCCCAUUCUCAAGCUUCCCCUUCUCAAGCUUCCCCUUCUCAAGCUUCCCCUUCUCAAGCUUCCCAUUCUCAAGCUUCCCAUUCUCAAGCUUCCCCUUCUCAAGCUUCCCCUUCUCAAGCUUCCCAUUCUCAAGCUUCCCCUUCUCAAGCUUCCCCUUCUCAAGCUUCCCCUUCUCAAGCUUCCCCUUCUCAAGCUUCCCAUUCUCAAGCUUCCCCUUCUCAAGCUUCCCCUUCUCAAGCUUCCCAUUCUCAAGCUUCCCCUUCUCAAGCUUCCCCUUCUCAAGCUUCCCCUUCUCAAGCUUCCCCUUCUCAAGCUUCCCCUUCUCAAGCUUCCCCUUCUCAAGCUUCCCCUUCUCAAGCUUCCCCUUCUCAAGCUUCCCCUUCUCAAGCUUCCCCUUCUCAAGCUUCCCCUUCUCAAGCUUCCCCUUCUCAAGCUUCCCAUUCUCAAGCUUCCCCUUCUCAAGCUUCCCCUUCUCAAGCUUCCCCUUCUCAAGCUUCCCCUUCUCAAGCUUCCCCUUCUCAAGCUUCCCCUUCUCAAGCUUCCCCUUCUCAAGCUUCCCCUUCUCAAGCUUCCCCUUCUCAAGCUUCCCCUUCUCAAGCUUCCCCUUCUCAAGCUUCCCCUUCUCAAGCUUCCCCUUCUCAAGCUUCCCCUUCCCUUCUCAAGCUUCCCCUUCUCAAGCUUCCCCUUCUCAAGCUUCCCCUUCUCAAGCUUCCCCUUCUCAAGCUUCCCCUUCUCAAGCUUCCCCUUCUCAAGCUUCCCCUUCUCAAGCUUCCCUUCUCAAGCUUCCCCUUCUCAAGCUUCCCUUCUCAAGCUUCCCAUUCUCAAGCUUCCCAUUCUCAAGCUUCCCCUUCUCAAGCUUCCCCUUCUCAAGCUUCCCCUUCUCAAGCUUCCCAUUCUCAAGCUUCCCCUUCUCAAGCUUCCCCUUCUCAAGCUUCCCAUUCUCAAGCUUCCCCUUCUCAAGCUUCCCCUUCUCAAGCUUCCCCUUCUCAAGCUUCCCCUUCUCAAGCUUCCCCUUCUCAAGCUUCCCCUUCUCAAGCUUCCCCUUCUCAAGCUUCCCCUUCUCAAGCUUCCCCUUCUCAAGCUUCCCCUUCUCAAGCUUCCCCUUCUCAAGCUUCCCCUUCUCAAGCUUCCCCUUCUCAAGCUUCCCCUUCUCAAGCUUCCCCUUCUCAAGCUUCCCCUUCUCAAGCUUCCCCUUCUCAAGCUUCCCCUUCUCAAGCUUCCCCUUCUCAAGCUUCCCCUUCUCAAGCUUCCCUUCUCAAGCUUCCCCUUCUCAAGCUUCCCCUUCUCAAGCUUCCCCUUCUCAAGCUUCCCCUUCUCAAGCUUCCCCUUCUCAAGCUUCCCCUUCUCAAGCUUCCCCUUCUCAAGCUUCCCCUUCUCAAGCUUCCCCUUCUCAAGCUUCCCCUUCUCAAGCUUCCCCUUCUCAAGCUUCCCCUUCUCAAGCUUCCCCUUCUCAAGCUUCCCCUUCUCAAGCUUCCCCUUCUCAAGCUUCCCCUUCUCAAGCUUCCCCUUCUCAAGCUUCCCCUUCUCAAGCUUCCCCUUCUCAAGCUUCCCCUUCUCAAGCUUCCCCUUCUCAAGCUUCCCCUUCUCAAGCUUCCCCUUCUCAAGCUUCCCCUUCUCAAGCUUCCCCUUCUCAAGCUUCCCCUUCUCAAGCUUCCCCUUCUCAAGCUUCCCCUUCUCAAGCUUCCCCUUCUCAAGCUUCCCCUUCUCAAGCUUCCCCUUCUCAAGCUUCCCCUCUUCCCCUUCUCAAGCUUCCCCUUCUCAAGCUUCCCCUUCUCAAGCUUCCCCUUCUCAAGCUUCCCCUUCUCAAGCUUCCCCUUCUCAAGCUUCCCCUUCUCAAGCUUCCCCUUCUCAAGCUUCCCCUUCUCAAGCUUCCCCUUCUCAAGCUUCCCCUUCUCAAGCUUCCCCUUCUCAAGCUUCCCCUUCUCAAGCUUCCCUUCUCAAGCUUCCCCUUCUCAAGCUUCCCCUUCUCAAGCUUCCCCUUCUCAAGCUUCCCCUUCUCAAGCUUCCCCUUCUCAAGCUUCUCCCCUUCUCAAGCUUCCCCUUCUCAAGCUUCCCCUUCUCAAGCUUCCCCUUCUCAAGCUUCCCCUUCUCAAGCUUCCCCUUCUCAAGCUGCCCCUUCUCAAGCUGCCCCCUUCUCAAGGCUGCCCUUCCCCUUCUCAAGCUUCCCCUUCUCAAGCUGCCCCUUCUCAAGCUGCCCCUUCUCAAGCUGCCCCUUCUCAAGCUUCCCCUUCUCAAGCUUCCCCUUCUCAAGCUUCCCCUUCUCAAGCUUCCCCUUCUCAAGCUUCCCCUUCUCAAGCUUCCCCUUCUCAAGCUUCCCCUUCUCAAGCUUCCCCUUCUCAAGCUUCCCCUUCUCAAGCUUCCCCUUCUCAAGCUUCCCCUUCUCAAGCUUCCCCUUCUCACGCUUCCCCUUCUCAAGCUUCCCCUUCUCAAGCUGCCCCUUCUCAAGCUUCCCCUUCUCAAGCUGCCCCUUCUCAAGCUGCCCCUUCUCAAGCUUCCCCUUCUCAAGCUGCCCCUUCUCAAGCUUCCCCUUCUCAAGCUGCCCCUUCUCAAGCUUCCUCUUCUCAAGCUGCCCCUUCUCAAGCUGCUCCUUACCCCCCGGCUGGCAUUCGAGCUCUUCCCUCGAGCCCAGAGUCUGUGCAUGUAUCGGGGUUUCCUAAAGCGAGGGCAGUGGCAGGGCUGGGCGGCAUGGAAGGACCAACGGUUGUGGCGGGAGCACGACGGCCGACGGUGAGAAUGAGGGUCCAGGCGAUUGACGCUUGUGGGGCUGAGGAAGAGCUACGAGGAGGAAGAGGGACAAGGGUGGGAGGAUCAGAAGGGGUGGAGCAACAGCGGCUGGAGAGGAUGGAGGAGGAGGGAGAAGAGGUGGAGGAGGAGGAGGAGGGACCAACGCUGGUGCUUCAUCACAUUCCCAAAGACUUGACUGGUGUGGCGCGUGUUCGUGAGGGUGGUACAGGACAGGCAGGAGAAGGAGAGACAGGUGGUGCGGGAGCUGAAGCACCUGAGGCAAGCGAAGAGGAGGCGGCAGCAGCAGGCAUGGCAGGGCAGGAAGGCGGGAAACCCAAGGCAGAGGCGGAGGAGAAGCGUGUAGUGGAUGGGCGGGGUGAGAGGACAUCCGAGGAGGAGCAGCUGUUGGUGGAGAAAGAGGUGCACGAGGAGGGGGUGCGGGUUGCAAGUGAGAUGAAAAAGCUUGAGAAAUUUAUUGGUCGGACGAUCCAAAGCCCUGCAUCUCCCAGGCUGGAAGCAGAGCUACUGUGUGAUCUUGUGGGGGUGACCCCCCCUCCUCCGCUAUCCCCUCAGCCGCAGCUGCCCAGGCAGGCACGUGCGUCGAGGAAGCAGGCUGCGGAGGGGCAGCUGUGGGAAGUGCGCCGUGCGAGCCAGCUGUUGGAAGCAACCAAGGAGGAGCUUGGUGUUGCCUGA